UGUAAGCGUUCUGCUCCUCCUACCAGUAUCACUGAGUGCUGUUGGGCGCAGAGGGGGUGAUUAGACUCUUGCGUGAGCCAGCGACCACAGCCUGUAAAGGUCUCGCUUUAAACCCGUAUUGCAAACCAAUUCCUGUGGUAAGAAGAAUUAACCUUUGUAAAAUGAUGUUAAGACUAUCGAAGAGGAAAGAUUGUUAAUGUUAGACUGCCCACAUGUUUGUGGAUGGUUUUGAUAAUUCGCUUCGCUUCUGUUUUGACGUAUUGGGCUGUUUCUGUGGAGUGCGUUCAGUUUUACAGAACCCAUCGACAUUCCCUGUUUUGGUGUGGUGCGCAUUUUUAGAAAUGGCAACGGCUCUAAGUGGCCGAAAUCCGGGUGGACGCGGACCAAACCAGCGAAAGGGUCGAAUUUUAGGUAUUAUUGAUGCAAUUCAGGAUGCUGUGGGACCACCCAAACAAGCAGCUGCCGACCGCCGAACAGUUGAAAAAACGUGGAAAGUUAUGGACAAAGUUGUUCGUCUGUGUCAGAACCCAAGACUUCUGCUAAAGAACAGCCCACCAUACAUUUUGGAUAUUUUACCAGACACUUACCAGCACCUGCGACUAAUACUGUGCAAAUAUGAGGAGAACCAGAAGCUGACUCAACUCAGCGAAAACGAAUACUUUAAGAUCUACAUUGACAGCCUUAUGAAGAAGUCUAAACGAGCCAUCCGCCUCUUUAAGGAAGGCAAGGAGAGGAUGUAUGAAGAGCAGUCACAAGACAGGAGGAACCUGACCAAGCUGUCCCUCAUCUUUAGUCACAUGCUGGCAGAGAUCAAGGCGAUCUUUCCUGGGGGCCAGUUCCAGGGUGACACGUUCCGCAUCACCAAAGCCGACGCCGCUGACUUCUGGAGGAGGUUUUUUGGCGAAAAGACAAUCGUGCCAUGGAAAGUAUUCCGACAGUGCCUUCACGAAGUGCAUCUCAUAAGCUCCGGCCUCGAAGCCAUGGCCCUUAAAUCCACCAUCGACCUCACCUGCAACGACUACAUCUCAGUGUUUGAGUUUGAUAUCUUCACCAGGCUCUUCCAGCCCUGGGGCUCCAUACUGAGGAACUGGAACUUUCUGGCUGUGACCCACCCAGGCUACAUGGCCUUCUUGACCUACGACGAGGUCAAGGCCCGGCUGCAUAAGUACAUCAACAAGUCCGGCAGCUACAUCUUCAGACUGAGCUGCACCCGACUGGGCCAGUGGGCCAUCGGCUACGUCACCAACGACAGCAACAUCCUGCAGACCAUCCCCCACAACAAGCCCCUCUUCCAGGCCCUCAUCGACGGCUGCAGGGAGGGAUUUUACUUGUUUCCUGAUGGACGCAGUUACAACCCAGACCUCACGGGCUUGUGUGAACCUACUCCUCACGACCACAUUAAAGUCACACAGGAGCAGUAUGAGCUGUACUGUGAAAUGGGCUCCACCUUCCAGCUGUGUAAGAUCUGCGCAGAGAACGACAAGGACGUGAAGAUUGAGCCAUGUGGACACCUGAUGUGCACUUCCUGUCUGACGGCGUGGCAGGAGUCUGAUGGCCAGGGCUGUCCUUUCUGCCGCUGUGAGAUCAAAGGCACGGAGCCCAUCAUCGUGGACCCCUUCGACCCACGCCACGAGGGAGCCAAGUGCUUCUUCCUGGAUCAUUUCAGCUCCCCGCUGAUGGACCUGGACGAGGACGAGGACAGGGAGGACUGUCUGCUGAUGAACGGGCUAUCCUCCAUCAGAAAGCAGUGCGCAGAGCGGCAGAACUCCCCGGUAAUGUCACCUAACUCCUCCCCUGUGAGCCAGCGGAAGAAGACCCACGGCGAGGGAUUUCGUAUCCAGCACCUCAGCCUGCCCCCAGUUCCCCCGCGCCUCGACCUCAUCCAGAAGGGCGUCAUACGCUCCCCCUCCCCCAGCCCUACUGCCUCCCCCAAGUCUUCUCCAGGGAUGGCCCGGAAGCAGGAAAAGCCUCUGCCCGCCCCUCCCCCCCCACAGAGGGACCCCCCGCCCCCUCCGCCCCCUGAGCGUCCCCCCCCUAUCCCACCGGAUGGACGUCUGUCCUGGCUCCCGCACCACCUCCCCUCCUCCUCCUUCCCCUCCAUCACAGGUCUGCCCUCCGACCCCCAGCUGCCCCACGACUCCUGGUGUCCCAGAGACAGCCCCCUGGCUGACCCUCACAGGGGCGGGGCCGAGCGCUCCCCCCAGCUGGCCCGCCCGGCCCCUUCACACCUCAAUGGAAGACCCCUCAGCUGCCACUCGACGGACGCUGGUGGUGGGAGGCCACAUACCAGGAUGGACGGCCUCACUGACAGCAGGCCCUACACAAAUGGCCUCCAGGUCUCCGAUGAGUAUGAUGUCCCUCCUCUCAGGCAUUCUCCUCCCCCACCUGCCCUCGCCAGUAGCCACAAACACCUCAACCCUUUCAUCUACCCUGGCCUGGAUAGGCAGAGAGGACCGGGCGAGCGAUCUGAGGAUAAGUAUCACAUCCCUUCGUCCAGCCUGUGCCUGGCCCAGCCUCCUGUCUGCACAUCCGUCCGCAUUCCCAGCAGGAAUCUGGAGAUCAGCUCUCCAGAGCCCUCGUCAGAGGAGAGGAAACCUAAGCCCCCUGAGCAUGGUGAUCAUUUUGAGCAGGGCCCGUCUCAAUCAGGGGCGCCCCGCCCCACCCUCUCCUGCCCCUUCCACAACCGGACGCCCUCAGACUACGACAUCAUGCUCCCUCCUCAAGCAGUGGAAGACCCAUUCAACCAGCACCCUCCAUCACAACCUCCUCCUCCCCCUCCGCCAGCCAGGCACAGCUUCACAGACCUUCCCUCCUCCUCCCCCUCCCCAGCCAUGUUGCGCCCCCCCAGGCCUGCCUCUGGACAUGACCACUUUCUGUUAACCCCUGACACGGUGUUUGACAUGCUGAGCAGUGCAUCUCCCCUCCCCCCAGUGAGGAGGGACAACUGUAAGGCCCUCUCCAGGGUGGUGCAGGACUACGACCAGCUGCCCUCCACCCCAGACUGUUUGCAGGCACCCGCCCGCCCUCCAAAGCCAUUUCCUCGGAACCCUCCCCCAGACAUCAGGAAACACCAUGGGCUGGACACCGCCAGUGAGAGUGUGGACGGCAAGAUUGCCAAGCUGAUGGGCGAGGGAUACUCGUUCGAGGACGUGAAGCGGGCUCUGAUGAUUGCCCAGAACAAAGUGGACGUGGCGCGCAACAUCCUGCGAGAGUUUGCCCUGGUGGCCCCCAGACUCAACUUGUAGCUCUACCAAAUGUAGAGAUGGAGAGAGAGUGACUAAGGGGGGGCAGGGGGUGUGCAAAGGCAUGCAAAGGCGUGCAAAGACACAGUGCCUCUGGGCACAGUGCUAAAAUCCACAGGGAGAAGGGCUGCUUCUCCUCCACAUCUCUCACCACGGAGAUGAUCUGGGAGAAUCUGACAAAAUCUGACAAAGUUAUGUGUGUUGUGAAAAAACGUUUGUGUCAUGGAAGACGCACAAAAUGAUCUUGAAUAGAAUGGACUCCUAUCAGGGUGGGUGGAACAGGGACCAUAAUGGGGUGGGGUCGAUGGGGAUGGGGUGUUGGGAAGUUGGUUGCCUGUGAAUAAUGUUAAUCAAACCUGAAGAAAAAAAAAACUUACAUUGUUUACAGCUGGUGAGCUUGCCAGUGCUGGCCUCUGGUGUCUUCAGUGCUUGUCACCCGCCCCCACACCCCCAACACACAACCCCAUCCCCAGAUAUACAUCGAAAGGGCAGAAUCGCACUAGUAAAAUUAAACCUGUGUAUACUCCGUUUUUCACCUUUUUGUUGCUCAUUCCCGCUACAGAGCCAUGUUGAGCUAAACCAUUGUCAUGCUCAAAAGUCCUUUCCUCUCUCCCACAUGCCUGUCUCCUCCCUGCGUCUCCUCUCUCGUCCAUUCCAUCUGUCCAUCUCUUGUCUUUGUUCCUCUGAGAUAUACAGCGGCAGAGCCCUAUCUGGAUCAGGAGUUGUAGAAACCUGGUUGCCUGGGGCCAGGCUCUCUUGUCUCCCCUCAUUAGUUGGGGUCUACGCUGAGAGGUGGAGGAGGAGACGGGGAACAGAAUGGGGAAGCAAAGUAGGUGGAGGUGCAGAGAGACCGGGAGGGGAGUGCUGCUUUAUAGAUGUCCCACAGGUUCAGGGUCAAAAGGCCUUGUCUCUUCGAGAUGCUAUUAGUGGCAUUCUGUCUCUCAGUCACUCUCUCACCCUCCAUCCUUUUGUCCAACAGAAUCUCUGAAUGUACAGUUGGAGAGGGUGGAAACAAACCCUAGGCUUUUGGUCAUUCCUCGUGUCACUGGACCACAGGCUAGACACACACACACACACACUCUCUUCCUUGAAGGAAGACAACCAAGGUUGAAUGUAUUUUUUCCAUAUGAGAGCUGAACCUAACAUAUCCAGUGAGACCUUGUGACAAGUUUUGUCCACAGCCCAAACCAUCAUUAGUACAUGUUUAUGCUCUUUCCAGAUUAGAUAAGAAAUUUGACCCUGACCUCCACUGUUACUCUGUCACCCCAACCCCCGUUUUUUAUAGUGCCAAAAGGAAGAGACGGAUGCCUUAGAGCCAAAACCGCAGAGUAGACUGGUUCUACUUAAGAGUGGUAUGUGUGUGUGUGUGUGUUGGUAUCGGGUACAGAGGUCAAGUUGUUUAAAAUCCUGGGAGACCUGCUCUUGUUUCUCUAAAUUUCUGAGGGCACUUAUUAUAACUCAACGUCUGCCAGAAUAUCGUUAUGAACCAUCCUUGUCUUUUCCAGCUGCUUAGUGUCCUCUAUUCUACACCCCCGCUCAUGAACACCUGAAGCUUCUCCAUCUUACUGUGGACACCAUAAUGGAAUAUAGGUGCCAGAAAGACAUACGAUUAACUAUGCUGCUUCCCCCCAUUUCAAGUCCAGGUACAAGUCCCUGUGUUACUUGAGCCACAAGCAGAAUAUGUAGCAUGACUACAAAGUAAUUGCAAAGAAUAUCAGUUCCAGUGCCAUGAAGUGGAAACUAGGGUGAAGUUGCUUAGAAUUGUUCUCUGGGAUACACAGUCUUGUGUCUGAUCAUUAAAAGGUAGACUAGGUAAGGAACAGUGGGGCUAUUGUGUUUUCCAACCAUGGUAAUUAAAACAUUGACAAAUUGCCAUUAGAAUAAAAACCCUAGAAUAAAAACCUUAAAAAAACAUCAACCUUAGAAAAAAAAAUAGCUUUGCAAGUCGUCGGGAGGUCAGGUAACUCUACCCUGGACCACUGGGAGCUUGAAUGAAAGUGCUCUUAAAAAGAAGGCCUUUACACACAAAACUAAAUUUUGUUUCCUGUCAACUGUUUUUCACAAAUGUUUAACUUGAAGGUUAAUUUUGCACUGGUUUAUAUAGAUUUUCUUUUUUUCAAUCUUGAAGAUGGAAAGUGUCUCCAAUUUAAAGUGUAUGAAUCUGGCCCAUUCAACAGGUAGUAGAGGCCUUGGUUAAGUCACAAGGGGAUAUGAACUUGUUCCUGUAUUAUUUUCUUUCCUGAGAUUUCAUUAGAUUAAAAUGCAGCACAGAAACUUGUACAGAAUAGUGAUGUGCAAUUAAUUUAUAUUUUAUAAAACGCCUUUAUCAUUUCCAUUGUUCAGUAAAUAAUAUAAACAUUAAUUUGUUCUUGUUUUUUAAUGUUUUAUAAAAGCCAGUAUUAACAUGAAA